GUGUGUGUGUUCAAGGUCUCCAGUUUCAGGCCUUGACGUCCGCCCUCCGGGGAGGAAACGGAACGGAUCUGUAGAUGCAGUUCUGCUCUGCUGGCCGGUUUCAGAACAGACCGGGGCGAACUAAUCACGGAAUGACGCUGUGCUGGGUUUCUCUGUCAUAUAUCCUUAAGGACAACCCGCAUCCGAAUCUCACGUGUGCAACCCCGGAGGGUGACAGUGGUGCCACACAACCGGAUAACAGGCGGUUAUCAAAAUUGGAGCUGCAGCAAGAGAUAAACGUGGCACGGGGAUUUUUGUCAGAGGACUCAUUUGAGAGGAAUACAUACAGAGCCUCGGAAUAGGAGGGUAUUACGUGGUGGACUGCGCCGGGCCGCAAUGUCAAUCUUGCCCUCUUUCGGCUUUACGCAGGAGCAGGUCGCGUGCGUCUGCGAGGUGCUGCAGCAGGGUGGAAACCUGGAGAGGCUCGGACGUUUCCUUUGGUCCCUGCCAGCCUGUGACCACCUCCACAAGAACGAAUCCGUGCUGAAAGCGAAGGCCUUGGUGGCCUUCCAUCGGGGAAACUUCCGUGAGCUCUACAAGAUCCUGGAGAGCCACCAGUUCUCCGCGCACAACCACCCGAAGCUGCAGCAGCUGUGGCUGAAGGCGCACUACGUGGAGGCGGAAAAGUUGCGGGGCCGCCCGCUAGGCGCUGUGGGCAAAUACCGCGUGCGCAGGAAAUUUCCUUUGCCCCGUACGAUCUGGGACGGUGAGGAGACCAGUUACUGCUUUAAGGAGAAGUCGCGGGGCGUGCUGCGUGAAUGGUACACGCACAAUCCCUAUCCAUCUCCACGGGAAAAGCGGGAGCUGGCGGAGGCAACGGGACUGACCACCACACAGGUCAGCAACUGGUUUAAAAACAGGAGGCAGAGAGACCGGGCAGCUGAGACAAAAGAGAGAGAAAACAGCGAGAACAACGGCGUUGGCGGUAAGCAGAGCCAGCGGUCUCCGCUCGACGGAGUGAAGUCGCUUAUGUCCAGCUCGGAGGAUGAGUUCUCUCCGCCGCAGAGCCCCGAGCACAACUCCGUGCUUCUACUGCAGGGGAACAUGAACACUCCCGGGGCUUCCGCAUACCCAAUGCCCGGCCUCGGUGCACAGCACUCGGUGCAUAGCAUGCAAGGACAUCCGCAUCAGAUGCAGGAUUCACUGUUGGGAUCUCUAACAUCCAGCCUUGUGGAUUUAGGAUCUUAGGACGUCUCGUUCAUAUUUUAAGCGACAAGACUUAACCCCAUAAAUAACC